UCCUCUACGAGCCAGUGCCCGUCUUGCUCAGCUCCCUUGCCCACCUCUUUGCCGGCAUGUCCGAAAUGCUUCUUCAUCUCACGUCCAUCCAAGUCGACAACAUAUUUUGACAUCAUGGGCUUAUCUCACAGCCCAAACCGCUUUGACGUCGAUCCCAUGGACUUGAAGCAUCGGUUUCGAGAGCUUCAACGCAAUAUACAUCCCGACAAAUGGUCAGCAAAAGGAAAAGACGCGCAAGAAGUCGCGGUAGAGCUUUCGAGUGCUGUUAAUAAAGCGUACAGCACGCUGCUCAACCCUUAUACAAGGGCAGAAUAUAUCUUGCAACUAGAGGAUAUACAUAUCGGCGAGUCUGAGAGCCUUAAUGAUCCCGAGCUGAUCAUGGAGGUUAUGGAAGCUCGGGAGGAAUUAGAAAGCGCAGAGAGCCGCGAGGACGUCGAAAGGAUCCGCGAGGAAAACCAAGAGAAGAUCGAUGAGCUUGUGCCCGAACUCUCGGCUGCGGUGAUCGUAAAGGACUGGGGUACCGUCAAGAACGCUACUGUCAAGCUAAAGUAUCUGCAAGGCAUUGGUGCUGCGGCAGAGGCUUGG